AAAAAGCUGGUGGAAGAACACGAAGCAUGCCAUCAUAAAGUGGAUCCGGAGGUGAAAAAGGAAGGAGAAGAAUCGGAGCAGAGAGAUGGCACAGCAAGAAGAACCCCUGUACGAUUUCCCAGAGCCCACCCAAGUAUCGGAGCGCAAGCUGAGGGGUCAGGGUUCCCUGAAAAACAUCAGUGUACUGGAUCGUCUCCUGCUUACAGUGCCCGUCUGGCUUCAGCUAUCAAUCAACCCAGCCACAGCACUGCACAUACUGCAGAGGGAACCUCCCGGGACGUUCCUGGUGCGAAAGUCUCGCACGUCCCAAAGAAACGUGCUCUGUGUGCGUUUGACGGAUGACAGCGUGCCAUCGUUUGUUCAGCAGUUUGGUAUCAGAGAGGAGCAAGGCACUCUGUCUCUGGAGACUUCAGCCAUCAGCUUUCCAGACCUUCCAAGACUAAUUUCCUUUUACUGUGUUAGCAGAGAUGUGCUACCAUUCCCUCUGGAGCUUCCUGACGCAAUAGCGAGGGCAUCAUCGCACAAAGAGCUCGAGUCUAUCUCACACAUGGGAAUAGAGUUUUGGAAUUCCCACCUAAAUGUCCGUGGGCCACGGGAGACACCUAAGCCCCGAAAAGCUAAGGAGAAGAAGCGAGAUGUUGCAACCUCCGCCCUGCCUAAGUCUGCACUGCAGUCAAGCUCUCCAGCUCCGUCUGACUCAGCUCCACAGCCAGACUCAGACAACCAGCAUAAAUCUGCACCUGACUCAGAUGCUGCCGCCCAGAAAUCGUCUCUAAAUUCCACCUUGUUCCACGAGUUUUGCCCGAUCACCACGCGUAGUCCCUUAGAGCUGGACUGUGGCUCUGGGCUGGGCGCUCUCUGUUUCAUCAACCCUCUUUUCCUGCAGUCUCAGAGCACUUUAUCCAGACGGCGCAUGUUCAAGCACAGCCUCAAAGUCCGGGUUUCAACAGAGACAUCGACCAUGCUGUCGCCCCCGCUUGCUCCACCACCUCCGCCACCUUUAAUGCCAAAAACCAAGGGGAGGUGUAAAGCCCAGAAGAGUGGACAGGAAACACUCGAGCUGAGAAAAGGCCAAACUGCUCAAGACAGCCAUACCCAGCCGGUGACGCAAAACGAUCCCAGCGGUGGUCAACCGCAGCCUUCAUCAGCAAUUCCUCAGAUCCAGCCAGGGAUGCAGGAGCAGCAGAUGGAAGCACGCCAAAGUAAAGAGGGAGUGAAAGAAGAGGAGGCUACUGCCCAGCCACCAGCAAUAAAGGAGCAUCUCCCAGCUGACUCAGACUACAUGAAACCCUGUCCAAUAAUCAGUUUCCCCAAUUGUGCCUCACUGUCGUCUAAGCCACCUCCUCUUUUCCCCAAAAUUUUUCAAUCCCUCUCUCCUCGUGACUCUCCCAGUGCUUCUCCCUCUCUUUCCCCUUAUCAGUCCCCAUCUGUAUCUCCCAAGAUGCACAUUUCUCUCUCCCCUAAUGACUCACCCAGCCUUUCUCCCUCCCAUUCGCCUUAUCAGUCCCCAUCUCUUUCUCCUAAGGUCCCCUACUCUCUCUCUCCCUUCAUCUCCCAACCCUUCUCUCCGUUGAUAGAGCUGGCCAGCGAUACAUACUCCACUCCUUCAACACCGGAUCAGUUGAGAUCAGACAGUGAAGCUGAAGAGAAGGAGGAAGCACAAGUGAUCGAAAACAAGGAUGGAGAAUACAAAGAUCAGCACAAAAAGAUGGAAAAGGUUGACUUGGUGUUACAAACGAAUGCUGCUUCUGUAAACGAUAGGGAGAGCUGCAGUACUGAAGAAACAGCAGAAACUCCUGAUUAGGGCUGGGUAUCGUCACUGAUGUUUAGAAUCGAUUCGAUCCACGAUUCGAUUCAAUUCAAU